AUGUCUUUCUCGCGUCCCGCGUGGCCUGCGAGGCCCGCUUGGCCAGUCUCCGUCUCCUCAGAACCGCUUCCGCCUCCUGAGGACCCCGCUGCGGCGUCACCUAGCAGCAAGCGGCCUCGUCUGAAGGAGCCUGAAGGCAUCUCUGAGACGGGAUGGCCUCUGCUUGUGGUGCCUCGCUUGUCUGAGGUAGAAAAAGUCUGGGAGUGGUCGCCCAGACCUAUCACAGCAUUCCUCAUUCCAAAGAGCCUGUGGAGUUCAGGGAACAGUGGGAGGCCGCGGUGUGACCUGGGAUGGCAGGACAGAACAUUCCAUAGGCAGAGCUAUUGGCAGUCUGGAAUCUCAGGAAGAGCAGGUUGUUCGAGGGCUCCAGGAAGGUUUUGUGAAGCCGGACUGCAGGACAGGGAGGCCGUGGGUGUGUGCCAUGGUGGCCAAGCAGAAGUGAGUCACGCUUCACCCAACACCUCUAUGCCAGGUGUCCAAGGAGUCAAACAGGAGCCCGAAGAACUUCCUGUCCGGAAGAAAAAAAGUAUUCUGAAAGAAAAGAAUUCUGUGAGACAGCCAGGAAACCCAUAUCUAGAUGUAAACAUUUCUGAGGAAACUAAGUCAACAUUACAUGACAGUGUUAUAAUCUCAGGGAAAAAAGAAAAUGACGUUUCAUCAUCGACACUAAAAAUAUCAAAAUUUCAAAACCAGGCCCAAGAAAACGCCAAUCCCAGCUAUAUUAGAAAUAGUGUCACAAUAAUUUGCCCUGAGUUUCCAAAGGAUUUAAAUAGCAACAUGUCCUUUGUCUAUUUAAAGAAAAUAGCAAAGAAAAAGAAUGACAAAAUUGUGGCAUAUGUUAGGGAUUUCACAACCAUUUUUUGUUCUCAAAAUAGACCUGAUGCUAAGAAACAAAAGUUACAGGAUGAUAAAAAAAAUGUAUUUGUGGAAAAUGACUUUUCUGACUAUGAAAGUAACCACCAGUCACUCACUGUUAAAGAGAAAAUAGACUUAAUCAAUUUAAACUACUACUGCCGCAGCCACAGCAGUAUUGAGUGUGAUGUAAAUGACUCUAAAAAGAAUUUCAGUCUAACACUAGAAGAUGAAAAUUGGGAAGGAACAGAAAGGAGUCUAGACUGUUACAUACCUACCAGACAAGAAGAAUCGCAAAGCUGGCACUGUAACAGCUCUAUUUUGAAAAGCAAGAAGCAAAAUUGUUUGAUAAUGAAAAAAAAUAAGAUUAUUUGUGAAAAUACAAAUAAACUUAGAGAAAAUUUGAUUUUGGUACAGUUACUAGUGACAAACCUUUUAAACAAGGGAGAUUAUUAUAACGUGAGAGCCAAGAAAGUGCAUGAACAACAGUCAAAGACUCUGAUAAUAGGACAUCUGGGUACUUCCUCCAAUUUAAUACAGGUUGUUUGGUUUAGUGGUAAAGGCGAAAAUGCCAAUAUGCUACAGCUGAGAUACUAUACUGUACAAAAGUACAUUUCAGGAAAUAAAGAAGAUAGCGCUUUAACCCGGCAUAAAGCAAUAAAAUGUGAAAAGCAAAUUGAUAUUCAAAAGAGUGGCAUUUUGAGCAAAUAUUUACAAAAUAUUAUUUCAAAACUCUUACAUAUCAUUCUGAAAAUUAAUACAGUUUCAUUGCCCCAAAACUUUGAUUCUUUCAUAAGAAAUGGAGACUACUGGAAAUCAGAAGAGAGAUGCAUUUUCAAAUGUAUAGUGCAUUUGAAUUAUUUGAAAAAUAUUAUAAAGGGAAGUCAUAUUGUAUAUCUAACGAAAAUGUUAAUUUCUUCAAGACCAUUAGAAAAUAAUACAAAAUCUAUGGCAAAGAAAAGAAAGCUUUUUAAAAUAAAACACGCUCUUGAAAGGGCUAAGAAACAAAAUAUCAAUUCUCUUACUUUAACAACUAAAAGUUUUCCAAGUUAUAAACCAUGUGAAGAAUUUUCUCUUUUAAUGGAUUUUGAUAACAUGAAAGGACUUUAUUUGACAAAAGAACCUAGUUUUGAAAAUACAAGUUGUCCUGAACAACUUCUAUAUGUGGAAGAAAGUAGUAUGUGCAAUCAAUAUUUAGAUACUGACAGAAAAUGGAAGCAUAAGACCACUUACUUCAUUUUUAAGCUCAUAUGUGACGAUGCCUUUAAUGUUAGGCAACUGGGCACAUUGUUAAGCCAAAACACAACACACAGUGACCAGAUGAGUGCUACUGCAAUAACUCAGAAGCUCAGCUUGGAGAAUUUGUUAGGUGAAACAGAAGAGAAAAUACAUGAUUUUAUUUUGAAGAAAGAAAUGAAGGUCACAAAAACUUCAAGUAGUUUCCAAGCUCAGAAUGCUAUUGACGUAGAGAAGGAAGAGGAUAGUUCUCAUCCAAUGGACAGAAUGUCUUCAGUGCAGUCAGCUUCGUUAGCGAGUAAGAGUGUAUAUGUGGAAGAAGAUGAACUUGUUAAUCAAAAUAUUGGAGCUCACACAGAAGAGGACGGAAGUAUUUUGCAAGAAAGUGAGUUAAUUAAUUCAAAGCAUUUUUCUCCAAAGAAUGACUCUACACUAUAUGCUAAUCAUCAAUUUGAAAGGGAUUCAAGUGAAGAGAACAAUGAAUGUUUUCAGGGCUUAACUGCUAAAUGUUUAUCAACAGAAACUCUGCCAAUAGCAAAAGAUUUUGAGAUGAAGAGCAAAUUUGAUUUGGUACUUGAAGAACUGCGGAUGUUUCAUGAAAUUAGUAAAGAAAAUGAAAUUCCACGUACUGUGGAAAUGGACAAUAGGAAAGAAAACAACUUUAGCGAAAGUAACAAUGUUAUGGAGGCAAGAAUGGAGUCAGGAAAAACUCUGGAAAUGGUCGAAACCAACAAGAGAUAUGAACCUUCUCUGCCCUGUCACGUGGAAGCAGGCCCCGAUAAGCAUAAAAGGCACCAAGGUUUAUUUAAUUGGAAAAUAAUACCUACUCAUGGAGGGCAGGUGGUUCCCAAUGAGUAUGGUUGUCUGAGACCAGCGGAAGAAUUACUCCAUUCUAUUCCUGAGGAAGAUUAUAAGAAAACUUUACCUAAAAGCCCUGCUUUUUCUCCUGAUGAAUGUAAAAAAGAAAAGUAUAAUUAUUUAUCGAAGGGAGGUGGUCAUUUUUCACACGGCAUUUCCAGAGUACUGCCCCUUAAGACGUGCAGCCGUCCGAUUAGGGUUGGCUUGUCAAGAAGAGCUAGGCUGAAACAACUUCAUCCGUAUCUGAAAUGAAUGAGUUGUAC